GAAACAUUUGAGGAGAUGGGCAAAAAAAAAGAAAAAUCGAGGUGGCCUUUUGCCUAGAACUCACUUUGUACAUAGUAUAGACGAACAGUAACGAUUUGAUAGUUGAAGAGUACUUAUCGACUAAUUCGGAAAGUUUGACACCGUAGCCCUCUGUACCUUGUUCACAACGGUUUAGUUGUUUUGUAGUUGUAGUAGUUUGCUGUUUCGAAUGAAACAAACAAAAAUUUGGAAAAGAAUUUAAAAAAAAAAAUUGAAAACGCGGAAAAUUAUAAAAAUCAUCAUACAGUGCCAGAGCGAGCGACAAAUGUAAUAAAUGGUGUAAGAAUCACAACAACACGCUUUGAUUUCAUCACACAUUCGCCAACGAAUUAAUAUCAAAUUGAUAGAGAGAGAGAAAAAAAGAGCGAAACAAUAAAGACAAGAAACUUUAAAAAAGCACACAGUGAGUAACAAUCGACUCGCAAACACACAAUUCGGAACCGAUUGCCUGAUAACGGACAAACAGCCCGCGUUUUUGGAUUCCGAACGUUCGGCGAGCGAGAGAAAGAGCGAGCAAGCAAGAUUACCCAAAACAAAACACCGGCAACAACAUUCGAGCGCGUGAACGACGAAGAAACACAAUUGACAUCAGUGACAGACAACAUGUGCGAUUUCAUUUCGAAAACUGAUAACGAUCGGUGCGAAACAUUGAAUUAGUUAGACAGUCAAUUGUUUGGUGAAAUACCCCAAUUACACUUUGAUCAAAAUCGUUUGAAUUAGUUUGAUUAUUUUUUUUCUUCUAAUUUUUCCCACAUUUGUUUGCUUCAUCAUUCACAUGUGACAUUAAAUACAUAGAACACGGUCAACGGAACAGAAAUCAUAUUAAACGAAUGUGACAAAGAAUCUUUCUGUGAAAGAUAAUCAAUUGCACUCGAUUUAUCACUUGAAUUUGCAUUGAAUUUCCGGUGUAUAUAUAUAUAUAUAUAUGUGUGUGUGUGUGUUAAAAGCCGCAUCCAUAAAAAAAGUGAGACCCAUUUAAACUGUACAAUAAACGAAAUAUUUGGAAUUGAUUUUAAUUGAGUAUUGUGUGUUAUUUUUUCUUAAUAAAAAAGAAACAAACGUUGGUUUUUAUUUAAAAAAAAGUUAAUAAAAAUUCAUGACACCGAACAGAAGAUUCCUCUGACUAUUGAGGAUUUUAUUUGCAAGUGUUCGAUAAUCAUUGUUUGUUUGUUUUUUCAAUUGAUAUUACGGAGCUUGUCAUCAAUUGAUUUAACUGGAAACUAAAUAAAACUGCAUCCAAUUGUGAACUGAUUUUCCACAAUUUUCGCUAGUUGAAACAGAAAUAGUAAACAAGAAUUUAAAUUAAGCGCAGUAAUUUAAGUAAUUUUCAUAAGAAAUUUUACCAAGUUCAAAAAGGAUAAUCAAAUAGUCGAUAACAACUCGUACGAAUUCGCUUCGAUAUAAUAACAAUUUUCAGCUGAAGACAUAAAUAAGUAAAAUAAACGAGAAACAGGUCCAGAACAAAUUGUGAUUUUUAAAUUAAGAAAUUUUUUAUUGAAACAAAAGAAGAAGAAAAGAAAAAUAGAAAGAACAAAAACAAAGAAAGCGAUAGAAAAAAGGAAGCAGAACCAUUUCGAUAUGGAGCAUCAAGUUCAGCAGGAGUUGGCUUCUGGAUCGCCCGAAGUACCAAAUUAUCCAGGGAAAAUGUUUAUUGGCGGACUGAGUUGGCAAACGAGUCCAGAAAGCUUGAGGGAUUACUUUAGUAAAUUUGGCGAAAUAACAGAAGUUAUGGUCAUGAAGGAUCCGACAACACGUCGGUCGAGCCCGUAUGAUACAUCCAAUAAUGCUGGAUUGGCUGAUUCGUCUAUGCCUCAAUACGUUCACAGAGGCUUUGGAUUUAUUACAUUCGGUGACCCAUCUAGUGUAGACAAAGUAUUAGCACAAGGCACCCAUGAAUUAGAUGGAAAAAAGAUUGAUCCAAAAGUAGCAUUUCCUAGGAAAGCACAUCCGAAGAUGGUGACGAGAACGAAGAAAAUAUUUGUGGGCGGUCUAUCCGCUCCCACAACGCUGGAGGACGUCAAGAGCUACUUCGAACAAUUCGGACCGAUCGAGGAUGCGAUGCUGAUGUUUGAUAAACAAACAAACCGUCAUAGAGGUUUUGGAUUCGUCACAUUUCAAAGUGAAGAUGUCGUGGACAAAGUGUGUGAAAUACAUUUUCAUGAAAUAAAUAACAAAAUGGUCGAAUGUAAGAAAGCGCAACCGAAAGAAGUGAUGCUACCGACGAAUCUUGCCAAAACGCGUGCAUCUGGAAGGACGGCAUACGAUAAUAUAAUGUGGGGAUUGGGAACAUUACCAGAAGUGUGUUCGGUCGUUUGUGAUACAGGUUUUCCGGCUGCUGCGUAUGCUGCCUAUGCAGCUGGACGCAGCUAUUCAGGAUAUCCUAGUUUUGGAUUGCCUUAUCCAACAGUUGACUUGACAAACGGCCAGCUAACACCAAACAACAAUACACCACUUCUAACACAAGCACUUUCAGUCAUGAAUAAUUAUCAAGCGGCUGCUGCAGCAGCACAAGGUUAUGGGCCACCAGCGUCACCGCAUACAACUACAACAAGAGGCGGAUUUCCAGCAACCAAUUCACCAGGACCAACAAUUGAUAUGUACAGUUCGAGUGCAGCCGAUAGCGUAGGAUAUGUGCAAGCGGCGAGCCCACAACCAUCCGGAUUCCCGGCCAUUGCAGUGAGUCGGGCACCAUUGAAUUACAGUCCUGGUCCGCUAAUACAAGCUGCUUUCACCAACGGCUAUCAUUGAAUUGAUCCCCAUGCAAGGCACAUCUAAACCAAAUUAAUGUUGUCUGAUUGAGGAAUAAAACCAAAACAUAAGAAAUCAUCUUAAAAGAAGUAAUAAAUGAGAAAAAACACACACACAACAACAAACAGGCAAAGUAUAACUUUAUAUCAGAGAACAAAUGAAGGAAGUUAUGUGGAAAUAAAAAUAGAAAGAGGAAACUCUACUGAGAAAGAGAAAAAAAACAUAACAACAAACAAACAAAACAUAUAUUCACUUCACACACACACACAUUUAUACAAGGCACAGUAAACGAACACAAACAGACAAAAAAAACUCUAUAUAGAUAUUAAAAUAAAUAAAUAAAAUAAUAAAUAUAUUUUCAACUGCAAUCAAAAAUCGGCUGCAAUAAAUUGCGCUGCAAAUAAACAACUUACAUUAAAUAAAUUAAUAUGAACAAAAAAAAAUAUUGAAUAAAAAAAAAUAUUCUACAUCAAUUAACCUAUAUAUAAAAUAUAUGAGUAUACAUACAUGAUUAUAUAAAAUGAAUCGAAACGGGAUAACAUAGCACAUAUUCAUAUGCCUACCCGCACACAAUCCACAACCAACCAAAAAAGAAAAAACUAAAAAAAAAAAAAUAAAUAAAUUAUUAUGAAAAUACGAGGGAAAACGUUAGAACGAGCGCAAAUCCAAUCCAAAUUGAAGCAACAAAACACACUCACACACGGAUAUGGAUUAGCACAUUUUGAAAUGUGAACAGAGGGCCGUUACAGAGAGAAUGAGAACCAAAUGAAUGUUACAAUUAUAUUUUCUUCUUUGAAAACCAAAAAAAAAAGUAAAAUCAGUGUGUUGUUACACCCGAACCUCCUCCAAAUAAACAACAGCAUAUUUGCAUAAUAUGUAUUUGCAAUGUUUUCGUUUGCGUUAUAUUUCCACUUAGAGAGCAAAUUUGCAAACAAGAAAUGGAUAUUCAGGAAUUCAUCGAGUUUGUUUCUUUACAACACACACAUAUAUAUAUAUAUAUAUAUAUGAGCCAUUUAUCUAUCAAAUCAUACAUCUUUUCGAUUUGAUAUAUUAGCAAAGAAAACUGCUGUUCAUCCGUAGAGGAGCGUUGUUGGAAAAACGUUUUCCGUUACACGUUUUGCAUAGACACACACUUAAGCAUGAAAAUCAUUGCAACAAUUCUAAGUGCAACAACGUGCACAAGAUCGGUUUUGAAUUACAAACAAACAAGCAAGCACACACCAUCACAAACACAUAGACACUUUGCUUUCGUGUUGAUUUGAGUUAGAUAGCUAACUUCUAAGCUCAUCAUUUUCAAAGCUAAAGCAACAUAAAACCAGACAUUUACUAAUGUUUCGAUUUAAUUCAAAGCUUUUUGUCUCUCAUUUUCGCAUAGUUUUACUAGUUUUUUUUCCUUUUCGUUCGUCUCACAUUCAAUUUAGAAUAUUCAAAUGCAACAUUUUCAUUGAUGAUUGCAAUUGAAUCGCUUUUAAAAUAAACUGGUACGACGGUACUAUUUUGGCAUUUUUUAAGGGACAACACAAAUGGCGUGCACCUUUUUGCAUUUCAAGUUGGUUGCCAAAGAAAAUGAUAUAGAAAUCAGAUGAUUACCAGUUUGUUCUUCGUUACAACGAAUUGAAGAACCUUCAUUACCCCAUAUCUGCGUUCCGUUAUCGUAGUCCAUUGUACGUACAAUUUAAUGAUUUUUUGUUUGACACAACUUAUUAUUGUCAUUCAAUAGAUUUCUUUCGAUGUAUUCCUCAUUAAAAUAGUAAAUCGCAUUCGGAAGGAGGACAAAAGCUCGCUUUUUGAAAUUUCGAUCAGAUUAGCACCGCAUUGAACAUGCUAUACAGACUUGAAAAAUCAAUUCAAUUGAAACUCAUGAGAAUAAAAUUUUCGAGGCUCGAAAUUUGAGCUCAAUCGGUCAUUUGAUCGAAAUCAAAAGGCGAAUCGCUUUUGGCAUGUAUUUAAAAGCAAGUCUAUUUAACGAAAAGCCACGCAAAUCAGUAAUCACCCAGAAAUGCGAUGGCCAAGCAACAUCAAGCAAUAGCAUUUAUUAGUAGAAUGAACCGCAUUUUACACGUGUUUUCUCCACAAUAUUAUAACGAAGAAAAAAACAAACAAACAAAUACAAAUGAAUGGUCGAAAAGCAAAGAAAUUUAAAAAAAAAAAUCACAGAGAAUUUAUGCGUUUUCUUAUGCCAGUAUAAGCCUACAUACCAAUUGAAUAGAGAAGAUUUAAACCAACCCCAAAAGCAUAUACAUUUGAUCUAAAUAAACAAAAAAAGGCAUACAAAGUUGCAAAACACAUUCUCAUCAGCCGAGGCAUCAUCGUCUCAGCGCAUCAUUUCUAUAGACAGCAUUUUGUAACAGAUUUUUUUUUCGUAUUUAUAAAUAACAACAACAACAACAAAAAGUAAAAAAAAUAUGCUUUGUUAGAUUCUAGACCAUUGCCGUCGUUGCUUGACAUUUUUUACCAAACCAACAAAAAAAAGAGUUUAAACAGAAAAUAAAAAAAAUCUAUGCUAACCACGAUCAAAACCACGCAACCAACCAAAAGAUAAAUAAAGAUAAAAUGAACAUGCACACAUUCAUAUUAAAAUAAAGUAAAACAAAAGAUGAAUAUUUAACAGGGUAUCUUCUAACAACAUAAAAGCUAAAUAGGGAAAAAAAACACACACACACACACAUUCGGUAUGGGGAGGUGAACUCUCAUCUCGUUCCAUUGAGGCUACAAAGAAAAAAAUGGAAAAGAAAAACAAAACGAUCCCCAGAUUCCGUAUUUGGAGCAUGCAACAUUUUUAAAAAUCAAAUGAAAAAAAGCUUGAGAAGAAAUAAACGAGGACAUCAAGCAAUUAUAAAAAGAAAUACACAAACGGACACGAACAGACACUCACACAGGCCACUUGUAAACAAAACGAUUAGUAAGACUAAAAAAAAGACGAAACAAACCGUAAAGUAAAUAUACACAGCGAAAAAAAACAUAGAAUUAUCUGAAAUGAUGUAAAUUGUUUAUUCCACUUACACUCAUACACACUCACACACCCUGCGACGAUACAACAGCAACAACAAGAAAAACUGUAAAUCCCUAAACGAAACGAGUGUAAAUCCUAGGCAAUUAAAAAUACUGUCUGUACAUACAACAACUAAAUAUUUAAAGAAACUAACAAAAACGAAAAUUAAACAACAACUACAAGAAGAAGAAAAAAUUAUGAAACAAUUCACAUUUAAACCAAACAAAACCAAAUUAUGAAUAAAAUAAAUACCAAAAACCAAAAUGGACCAAGCUAUAGCAAGUUGGCAAAUAUUGAAAUUUUGCAUUUGUCUUCUUCUUUUUUUUUAUAUACAAUAACUUACAACAUAGUCUUGAAUUAAUGAAAUGUGCGACAAAAAAAAAGAAGAGAAUCCAGAUGAGCGUGAACAUUGCACCGGUGCAAUGCGUUGAUAUGCCCCACUUCAAAGCGUAUCAAUCCAAUGCGUGCACUGUUCGAAAUAUGCUCUCGAAUUGGUCGAACAAGAACAAGAAAGAAAGUAGAGAAACUGCAGCCAAUCCUAAAAUCAGGUACAACAUAUGAACUUGCAUAUUUAGAUACUUCAUUCUUGGAUCCCAUUGUGUUUUUUUAUAGAAUGCACAAUGCUCGAUGGUGCGCUGGCUGACGAAAGAUAGAUUACGUUACUUGACAAUAAAAGAAAACAAAAAAAAACAAAACAAAACAAAAAAACCAUUUGCAAACCGAUUGACCAUUUCGAUUCGUGUAUUGUGGUGCAUCUAUAGUUCGAAUGAGAGCGCACGAGUCUUUGGCUAUAGCACAACAUAUAUAUAGAUGACUCUUUUGAUUCUUUGUUCUCCCAUUUGGUUUCGGUUUCAGUUUCGAUAAAUCAACGCAGAUAAUACCAAUGCACACACCACUGAGAAAGUGAGCUUUGAGCAUUAUGUUAAUAACAUUCGCCACGAAAACAACAACAACAAAACGUAUACGACGCGAAACGCGAGAUGAUCUGUUUUUUUCUUCAUUCUUCCUAGGUUUUGGUUCAGUCUCAGCAUUAAAUUGAUUUGAUUGCUGUUUUGUUUGUGAGUUGUAAGAACGAAUUUAAUGUGCGUUGGUCGCAACGAACAUAAACAUAUAUUUAGUAGCGACGCGCACCAAAAUGAGAGUGGGUAAAUUGCCCAAGCAAAUUUAUGGCACUCUCUGGGUGAUAUAUACAAGAAAUGAGCAUUUUAUUUAGUGCCACAAAAGCGAAUAAUUCGCUAUUUUCUCUUCGUUUACUUGUUGAUUGUUUCACAAAGCCACGAAUUGAAACAAUAAAUUUUGCAGUUAUCAGCAGAUAUUUUCGACUUUUUUUUUCUCUCUCUCACUCUCUCUCUCUCUCUCUCUUUGCAAAUGUGGCCAACGCCAAGCUUGCUUUGCUUCAACAACAUGCAACAGAUUAUUCAUUUCGAUUUGGGUCGCUCUUUCUCUUUUACACUCAUCAUCCGUCGGCGAGGCUUGUGUGUUUUUGCCCCUUCUACCGACGCUGGUGGUUUAAAUAAAAAUUUCUUGGCUGCAAAUCGUCAUUUCAUUCAAUGUUUUAUAUGCCAUUUGAUUCAUUUGGCUGCGAUAAAACAAUUUAUUUCGUCUUUCAUCUGUUGUGCUCGUUCGUUGAAAAUAAAUGAAUGCCAUUGUUGCAUCAAUAAAAUGCUCAAAGCUCCACAUGCAUUUGGAACCGUUUCAUUUUCGGAACAGAAACAAAACCAAACAAAAAACUUUGUCAAUUCUUAAAAACAAAUUAACCUCACCAAAAAAAAAACCUGGUAGUAAAACCUCACCAAAUAACAAAGAAACAGAACAUAAAUAAUGCUAAUACUAAUGAUGAUAAUUACACUCGAGCUCUUUAAAAUAAUGUGAAAACGAAUAAAAUGUAUCGCAAUAAAGAAAAAAAAACUAAACUCAUGUAAACACAUCAAACAGGGUGCGUUUGAUGGAAUUUUGAUUAAAAAAAUUAAUAAAAUAAAAGUAAAAUGUAAACCGGAGACA